CGCCGAGGCCCGGGCUGCGGGAAGGCCUGGCGGAGGGCGCGGGGAGGCCGCGCGGCGGGAGAGGGAGGAGGCCCCGCGCCGAGGAGGGAGCUGGUGGUUUUAGGAUCAGGGAGAAGAGCGAGUUCAUAUCCAGAAAUCCGCUUAGCACCCAAAGAUGCCUCCUGUGGGAUGCUCCUUGCCUCUGGAUCCGUCAUGGUGCUAGCCCGCACGGGGAUCUCUUUGAUCAUUAGUUACCUGCCAUGGCCUUGAGAGGUCUGUGGCUCAUCAGCCAUGAACAAGAUGCACGUGGAAAUGUGCUGUUUUCCAGGCGUUACCCCACGGUUGAAAAGCGAGCGAAAUGCUUCAACGGAGCGAGCUACGUAGCCGUGCCAGAGGACGGCCCUUUCCUGAAGGCGUUGCUCUUCGAACUGAGGCUGACGGGUGAAGAGCACAAUUUUGUAGAGCGUCAAGACGGCUGUGCCCGAAUCAACAAGACAUCUGUUUACGGGCUUCAGACCGAGCACGGAGAUCUCUGGCCUGUUGUGGCCUUCCAAAAAAGCGGGCUGAUUUAUGCUGGCAUCCCACUGAUUGAGCAGUCCUUGAACCCGCGCCCUGCUCUCAUCAGCAACAGUGGGAUCUCUCAGGCCUUUGCUCUUUUGUCCGGGAUGCUAGCCUUCAUGAACUCUAGCCCGAAAAGCGAAGCAGAGAGGAACGCCAAAGUUGCUCAGCUCCCAAACUUGCUCAUGCAGGCCUGUCCGCUUGGCACCCUGCUAGAAUCAAACUUGAACGGCUCGUGGUUGGAAAGCAGUCCUGUCGUUCCAAGCAGCCACCCUCAGAAACUGCCGGCCUGGAGAACCUGCACGUACAAGGGAAAGCCUCAAGUUAAUAUCUGUGUCGUUGAAAAAGUCAAGUCUGUGCAGUACAACAAAAGGGACGUGGCGGACAUGUGGCAGGUUUACGGAGCUGUAAGUUGCAAGUGUGACAUAGAAGGUGCUGCUCCCAACGUGUCAAUCAGCUUGAACCUCCCUGCCAACGGCUCUCCACUCCAGGAUAUCUUGGUCCACCCUUGUGUCACCUCCCUUGACGCGGCCGUCCUCACGAGCAGUAGCGUUGAUGCGAUGGACGACUCGGCUUUCAGCGGACCGUACAAGUUCCCUCUAACACCGCCUCCGGACCUGUUCAAUCUGUGCUAUUAUACUUCCCAGGUGCCUGUUCCACCUAUUUUAGGAUCUUACCAGCUGAAAGAGGAAGAAUCGCAGUGGAAGAUAACCGUCCACCUGAAGCUUCAUGAGAGUGUGAAAAAUGCUUUUGAAUACUGUGAGGCCCGCAUUCCCUUUUUCAAUAGAGGCCCUAUUGCACACUUGGAGUACAAGAUCACCUAUGGCCAACUCGAGGUGUCGAAGGAGAAAAGCUUGCUGGUUUGGGUCAUCGGGCAGAAAUUUCCCAGAUCCUUGGAGAUUUCCCUGACUGGAACGGUCGCUUUUGGUCCUGUGACUCAGCAGCAUCCAGUCGACCCUGUGUGCACGGGAAGCACAGCCUACGUCAAACUUUAUUUCAGGAUACUGGAUUUCACGCUGACCGGAUGCUACACGGACCAGCGUUCCAUCCGGGUCCUUGCUGCAGGCAAACCAAAGAUCAGUGCAGCCCGAGAAGUGCUUUCUUCUGAUUACUACAUCUGGAAUUCCAAAGCCCCGGCACCUGUUGUGUAUAGAACUUUGCUUUUCUAAUUUUCCCUCCGUUUUGUACCAGAAAAGAAAAAUAAAUUUGCAGAAAUAUUUUAA